GAGCUAGUGGCCGAUCUCUUGGGCCCCCUGGAACAGCGGGAAGCGAGGAACAGGGUGGCGGCGGCUCCAGACGAGGCCUUGGACGACUGAAAUAUCAAAAGUUUUGAUGCAGUAUUGAGCCGGAAAGGAUGUGAAGGUCUGUAAUAUAUUGAUGAAAAAGUUAUUGUUGAAUCUGCCACCACAGCUGCCGUGACCUGCCAGGACAGCUGCGUGGCCGAGCAUCCCUGAGCAUCACAUUAGAAGUUGCUGACCACUCUCUCCAGCCCUUGCCAAGUACGUCUCAUUCUCCACACAGCCAGUGCGAGAUCCCUGCAGCUACAAGGUGGGCACCAUGACCGAGCUCAUUAACUGCCACCACUGCAAUGAGCCCCUGCAGGGGAAGAACUACGUGGAGAAGGAUGGCCACCGCUGCUGCUUGAUCUGCUUCGACAAGUUCUGUGCCAACACCUGUGUGGAAUGCCACAAGCGCAUCAGUGCGAACUCCAAGGAGGUGUGCUACAAGAACUCCUACUGGCACAGCGCCUGCUUCAACUGUUCCAAGUGCCUGCACCCCUUGGUCAACGAGACCUUUGUGGCCAAAAACGACGAGAUCCUGUGCAACAACUGCAGUAUGCUGGAGGGCACCCCGACGUGCAAGGGCUGCUCAAAGCCCAUUGUGGCCGGCGAUCAGAAUGUGGAGUACAAGGGGACUGUCUGGCACCAAGACUGCUUCACCUGCAGCAGCUGCAAACAAGUCAUCGGGACUGGAAGCUUCUUCCCUAAAGGGGAGGACUUCUACUGCGUGACUUGCCAUGAGGCCAAAUUUGUCAAGCAGUGCGUGAAAUGCAACAAGCCCAUCACAUCAGGAGGAGUCUUGUACCAGGAUCGGCCCUGGCAUUCCGAGUGCUUUGUGUGUGCUAACUGCUCUAAGAAGCUGGCUGGGCAGCGCUUUACCACUGUGGAGGACCAGUAUUACUGUGUGGAUUGCUACAAGAACUUUGUGGCCAAGAAGUGUGCUGGGUGCAAGAACCCCAUCACUGGGUUUGGUAAAGGCUCCAGUGUGGUGGCCUAUGAAGGACAAUCCUGGCACGACUACUGCUUCCAUUGCAAAAAUUGCUCCGAGAAUCUGGCCAACAAGCGCUUUGUUUUCUAUCAGGAGCAAGUGUAUUGCCCUGACUGUGCCAAAAAAGUUGCAAAGUGACAGUUUGAGUUCCAAACUCAAAUUGAAUUGAGUUUCAUUCCUUGUGUCCUCACCCUCUGCCCUGCACCAUCCAUAGGAAAAGAGCAGCCUUUGACCUCUUUAAAGUUGUUCCUUCUGUCUUUUCUCCCAUUUUAUAGUAUUAAAUAAGGGCACACAGUGAUCAGUCAUUAGAAUUUAGCAAAAAGCAGCUCUGCAGCAAAGUUAAUUUUGUGUUGGUUGCAGUCAAAAAGUGAACACUUAGAUCGACUCCUCUGCAUGUUUAACAUAGAGCAGAAAAGUGCUAAUCAUUUAGCUGUUUAGUGAUGUAACUGAGAAGCCUUAAAGUCCCCAGAGAUGCCCUUCCUGGCUUAGCUGGGCCACCACAUCUUCACACAACACAGAGCAGCUGCAGUGGCUGCUCCAGCUCACUGCUCACCAUGUCCUGGGAGGAGAAAGAAAACUUACCAAAAUGCAUGGUUUAACUCCCUCAUCAAAACCUCUUUUCUAUUCUUUUGUGCUUUUCUGUUCUUUUUGUGCAUUUGUAUUCCCUAAUACAAAUUUCCAGAUAAUUAACAUUUGAACUUAGCUGUAAUUCUAAUAUUAUAUUUUUUGACCAAGAGGGGAAGAGAGGGAGACAAACACUGAUGUAAGAGAGAUCCAUCAAUCGGUUGCCUCUCAUACACACCCCAACCAGAGACCAAACCCGCAACCCAGGCACGUGUGCUGAGUGACCUUCACUUUGCGGGAUGACAGCCAACCAACGGGAGCCCCGCUGGUCAGGGCCUUAGUCGCAACUCUAAGCUGACCUUUUCCUCACACUAAUGUUUGAGUUCCCCAUGUGCCCUGUUUUCUGAACAUUCCUAACUUUCGAGCAUGGAAUGUGCAGGCCAUUUGGGAAGUGGAAACAUCUGAGAGAAGAGGGCUGUUUCAGAAGAACAUCAUCCCAGCGAGUUUUCCGGAAACCAAACAAAACUAACCCAGCUGUCCUUUUUUUUUUUUUCCAACUAAUAUUUUUGUUUUAAUGAAUAGCAGCAUAGUUAGGUUUGGAGACUUGCAAGGAAGCAUUUUAGGACCCCCACACAUUCCUACAGUUUUGAAAUCAUCCCACAGAAGUAACCAUAAAACUCUGCAGGGGCAGCUGAGCAGGUGCCAGGACUGUCGCCACAGGGAUGUGGUGAGUUGACUCCCUUGUAACCGAGUCCGUGGGCUCUUUGUCCCUGUGUUAAAGAGUCCCUCCAGCACCCCUUCCCUUGUGAUCGCCAGGACUGUUCCUCAAGGGCGGAGCUGCACCUCUGAGGGAGGGGGAGGUUGCCAUCGUCACAGGCGGAUCUCCACGUGGUGUGUCCCUGAGGGGCGGAGCCCCUGCCCACUGUAUUCCAGCUGCGCUGUUGCGUCACACAGCAGAAUGAGACGAUCUCAAGUGAACGUGUAAUGACAAUGCACAUUAUUAACACUCACAGCAGUGGUUAGAGAAGCCAGUGCCUCAGCCCUACAUUCUGUCGUCAGUUAUGAUCACUUAAUGUUUCAGUGUGUCCUUACACAAACGAAGCAGCAUAUAAAGGAAAAUGUCUGUGAAACUCAAUUUUUACUGUUUAAAAGUCGUGCUUUGUUUAUUUAUUAAUCCUUAUCCAAGAAUAUUUUCAUUGAUUUUAGUGAGAAAGGGACAUUGAUGUGAGAGAGAAACAUUGAUCAGUUGCCUCACAUACACUCCCCAGUCAGGGCUCAAAUGCACAACCUAGGUAUGUGCCCUGACCAGGAAUCGAACCCACAACCUUUUAGUGUGUAGGGUGAUGACACUGGUCAACUGAGCCACCUGGCCAGGCCCAGAAGCCAUAUUAACAGUUUAAAGCAUCACUAAGUAAUUCAGGGCAAAAAUGAACCAAUUCAGACUUGUUUAAAAAAAAUCCACAUUUGCCAUCUGACUACUACUUUGCCAGAAUAGAGAAUAGAGUGUGACUUCUAAAGAGGCGAGGAGAAAUGGACUAAAUAUGAGGUGGGAUACCAGAAAAAAAGGUGGGAGAUGUUUCUAAAACUGACGUGCCUGGUGUUAACCUUGAAAAAAUUGCCUUCUAGCCAGGGCAUUCUCCUCGAACUAUGAAACAAAUUUCAGUGUUGCUGCAAGUAUUCCAUUCUCGGGUGAACUUUGGGGUCACAAUUGCUCUGUUUAAAGACAUGGCCCAGGAAACAAUGAGUGCUAGACAGUAAGUGCCUAUGGAAAUCUUUUAAAGGUAGUUCACAUUGGAGCUGUUGUGCUCCAGUUUUAAAUGGAAAUUUGGUGCCAAAAAUUCUUCUGGAGAUAGAAGCAACUUCUAGAAAAACAUUACUAGUUGAAAUGAGUGUUACGGGGCCGAGGAACGGCCUAGAACCCCAGGGCACUGAAUGGCUUGCUGGUACUCUGGGAGUCGUAGUGAGCUUGGUGCAUGUGCCGGACAGGAAGCCACCAUGACUGUUGGAACGAGAACUUCUCCAGGCUCUGGCCUCUACCUAACACAUACCGCUUGUUUGGGAAUGUGUCGUUUUUCUCUGCAUCAGCGAAUAAAAUCCCAACACAGCCAGCAUAACAAGAACUGUUGGCAAUAAUACAUUGGGAGACCCAUUUUAAAUCUUAGCCUUGAAAUGAAUCUAUCAGUACAUGCUGAAACCUCAAAGAGUUUAAUAACCAGACCUACCUAGUAUGUGUGACAGUUUAUGCUCUGCACUUGGUAAAUUGUCAACUUGAACCUUCUAUGUUGCAGACACUAUUCUAGGCAUGGGGCGUCUAGCAGUGAACAAAUACACAAAAUCCCUCCCCUGCUGGAGUUAGAUCCUAACAAAACCUGUGUCUCAUGAUGUCGUGUGAUGAGCACUGGAGAAAAAUGGGGAGGGGGGUGCUGCAUUUUCAGUGGGGAGGUGGGAGGCAGCCUCACUCAGCCGACCGUGGAGCUGAGGUCUGAGGAAAGUGCUGGAGCAGGCCAGGCCCGAGCACCAGGCAGAAAGGACCUGAGUGCAAAGGGCCUGAAACAGGUUUUUCUGGUGUGUUCUAGAAUCAACAACAACAACAAAAAAAAACAGCCUGGCUGAAAUGGAGUCAGGUUCUCCAAGGAUUAGAAAAUGAACCGAAGGUCAAGGGCCACUCAUAAUGACUGUAUGCCUUGUUAAGGACUUUGGCUUUUAUUCUGAGGAGUUUGAAAGGAGGAGCGUUUUAAAAGGCUCCCUCCCCAGCUGUUGUUUGGUGGUAGUCUUGUAGUAAACUUAAGGAGCAGAUUUUGGUGGGUGGAGGGACCUGCAGCUCAGUUAGACAACUUAGUAAAUAUGAAGUUGGCAGUUGGAUAUUCAAGUCUGGAGCUCAGGAUAAGUGAGCAUUUAAAGCCAUGCACCAGAAAGAGAUGACCAAAGGAGUGAGUAGAGAAGAUGGAGCUGUGGCAGAUCGCCAAGGGAGACCCAGCGAAGCUGACAGGAAAAGCUGGUGAGGAAGAGGAAAAGCCAGGGCAGUAUCUAGAGCUGGGCUAAUACAUAGUAGCUACCAGUCACUUGUGGCUAUUUAAGUUAUAAUUGAAAUUUUUAAUUCAGUUCCUCAGUCACAUUAGCUGUAUCUCAAGGCUCAUUUCCUGUGGCUAGUGGCUACUGAUUUGGGCCACACAGAUACAGAACAUUUCCACCUCCACUAAAGUUCUGUUGGGUGUUUCUGAUCCAGAAGCCAACAGAAAUUCUCAAGGAGAGGAAAUAUGUCAAAAACCGCUAACAAGUAAUUUGAGGACUGAGACUUGAUCAAUAGAUUUACUUAUGUGUAAGUUACUAGCCACCACUUGACCAGAAAGCAGUUUUGGGGGGCGGGCAGCAAAAACCUGAUAAAAUUGUAUUCAGGAUAAACUGGAGAAGAGGAAUUGGAAUCAGAAAAUAUAGACACCUUGGUUUAAUAGAGCUAGGAGAUAAAUUUCACCUUUCCCUCUUUACCAGAACAGUGUGCUUUUAACUAUUAAAUAGUCAUAGUCAAAAUGUUAAUAAUCAAACUUGGAUAAUUAAUUCCUAAAUAAAAAAAAAACAUUAACUCUGCAAUCAUUACAUUUGGAAAUAAUGCAUUACUCCUACUGUAAUUACUUUAAUAUUUACACUACCAAGGCAAUAGUAUCUUGAAAGAUAGGGAUGAACUGAGCAUUUAUUUACCAAACCUCAAAAUACUAGAAUCUGGCCCUGGCUGGUGUGGCCCAGUGGAUAGAGGGCCAGACUACAAAGCAAAGGGUCACUGGUUCGAUUCCCACUCAGGGUACAUGCGGUCCAGGUCCCCAGUAGGGGGCACUCAAGAGGCAACCACACAUUGCUGUUUCCCUCUCCCUCCCUUCC